AUGAAUUCUUUAUUAAUUUACCUGAUCCGAACAAAAACGGCAAAAGGAAUGGAAAUAUACAAAAAAUUGCUUUAUAUGAGUUGUUUUAUGGAUUUAAUUGUUUCUUUUUGGACAUUUAUUGUUCAACCGAUUCCUUGUACCGAUCGCGGUUAUCGAACUAUAAUGAUGAAUGGAGUUUUCCGAAAGUCGUCACAACCAAUUCGUUAUGCUGUUUAUCUUACUUGGAUACAAUUAAUGCUUUUCUUCUUAAUUACAACAAUGUCCCAAUAUGUUUAUCGUUUUUGUAUUUUAUGUAGAAAUGGAGUUAUUUCGGCGAAAAUUGUUGGAAGUCUAAUUUUUGUCCAAAUUUUUCUGAACUCUUUUCAUGCAUUUUUGCUUGCCUGGGCUGACUAUCCACGUCCUGGGGAAGCAAUUAAAAUGAGGGAAAUAAUGCAUAAACUUGGUGAGGAGUCUGGCAUUUCUGAUGUUGAAUUUAUUUCUUUUGUUAAUGCGAGAGAAUUUCGUUGGUUAAUGCAUAUUGCAAUUAUGUGUGUUAUGUUUCCUGGUUUUUACGUUGUAAUUGGCAUUUGUUUCUUUAAAAUUCGAAAAGCAGUUCAAGGAAUGAAUGUUUUAAAAUUAAAAGAAUAUAAUAAACAAGUUUCGGCUGCUCUCCUUUUUCAAGCAUUACUUCCAUCAUUAGAAAUUGGAGCUUGGUGUAUUCAAAUAUUUGUUCCUAUAUUUGUAACCCAACAAAGUACUUAUAUUUACACAGUUUUUACUGACAUUCCAAUUCAUCUAAUUCCGGUAUUAAAUCCAAUUGGGACUAUUUUACUUGUUGCCCCAUAUCGCCGUGCUGUGUUUCGCUAUUUUGGAAUUACAAAAGCCCAUUCAACAAUUAUUCGUAUACAAACAACAAUUCAAACAAAACGCCGUCAAGGGACAGUUAGUAUUCAUCCUCAAUCUAGAACUAGAACUUGA